GCGCGUCUGUGGGAUACUGCAGGGUUCAGGGACAACUAGGAAGAUGGCGGUUGCGCGCUUGGCAGCGGUGGCGGCCUGGGUACCUUAUCGGAGCUGGGGCUGGGCAGCCGCCCCCGUCGGUCCCCACCGUGGCCUGGGCGCGCUGCUUGCACUGAUACCUCAGCGGGCGCCACGGUGGCUCCCAGCUUGUAGACAAAAGACGUCACUCUCAUUCCUUAAUCGACCAGACCUUCCAAACCUGGCUUAUAAGAAGCUAAAAGGCAAAAGUCCAGGAAUUAUCUUCAUCCCUGGCUAUCUUUCUUAUAUGAAUGGUACAAAAGCAUUGGCGAUUGAGGAGUUUUGCAAAUCUCUAGGUCACGCCUGCAUAAGGUUUGAUUACUCAGGAGUUGGAAGUUCAGAUGGUAACUCGGAGGAAAGCACACUGGGGAAAUGGAGAAAAGAUGUUCUUUCUAUAAUUGAUGACCUAGCUGAUGGGCCACAGAUUCUUGUUGGAUCGAGCCUUGGGGGGUGGCUUAUGCUUCAUGCUGCAAUUGCACGACCAGAAAAGGUCAUGGCUCUUAUUGGUGUAGCUACAGCUGCAGAUACCUUAGUGACAAAGUUUAAUCAGCUUCCUGUUGAGCUAAAAAAGGAAGUAGAGAUGAAAGGCGUGUGGAGCAUGCCAUCAAAAUACUCUGAAGAAGGAGUUUAUAAUGUUCAGUACAGUUUCAUUAAAGAAGCUGAACAUCACUGCUUGUUACAUAGCCCAAUUCCUGUGAACUGCCCUAUAAGAUUGCUCCAUGGCAUGAAGGAUGACAUUGUACCUUGGCAUACAUCAAUGCAGGUUGCUGAUCGAGUACUCAGCACAGAUGUGGAUGUCAUCCUCCGAAAACAUAGUGAUCACCAAAUGAAGGAAAAAGCAGACAUUCAACUUCUUGUUUACACUAUUGAUGACUUAAUUGAUAAGCUCUCAACUAUAGUUAACUAGUAUCACGUGUUUAGUUGGUAUGUAAACUAAUGUAUCCAGAAGAUUGGAAGAGGAUAAGAAAUGAAAGAUCCUGAUACUUUAGGUUUUUCUUUUACCUCUAUUUUGUAAAUAUCAGAUGAGUAUUAUUUAAUGAUGUAUUUGCACAAGUAAUGCAUAUUGUGAAGAAGGACCAGCUGCUGUUUAGAAAAUUUUCUCGUUCCUUCUGUCCUUGAUUUUUUUUCAUUAAAGUAUUUCCUUUUUUUAAUUCAAGAAAAGUUUACCUUUCUUAUGCUUAUGUUAGCUAUUCCAGCUCUUAAUUGCAUCCUUUUCUAAAUAGGAUUAUUAAUAAAGCGUAAAUAUUUUGUUUAUUAUAGACAGAAAUUUGUAACAUUACUUCUGCUUUGAAAAUGCAAUUCACAAAAUACAGGGAAAUUUUUAUUGAAGUAAAUUUGAAAUGAUGGAGAAAUUUCAGAAGCAUAAUAAAGUUCACAAUAAGGAUAAUACUUUAUAUAAUGUAUAAAGUAUAA